AUGUCCUAUGAUCGCUACGUGGCCAUCUGCCGGCCCCUGCACUAUGAUGUCAUCAUGGACUUCAGAACCUGUAUCCAUGGGGUCGCCGGCGUCUGGGUGAGUGGGACCAUCUCUGGAGUCAUGCAUACGGCAGCUACUUUCUCCAUCCACUUCUGUGGUCCCCGUGUCAUUCACCAGUUCUUCUGUGACAUCCCCCAGCUCCUGAGACUCUCCUGCUCUAGUGAGUUUAUGAGUGAGGUAGACGUCACUCUCUUUACAGCCUUACUGUCAUUUCUUUGUUUCCUGUUUAUUGGGUUCUCCUACGUGCACAUAUUCUCUUCAGUGCUGAGGAUGCCAUCUGCGGAGGGCAGAGCCAAGGCCUUUUCCACCUGCCUACCACACCUUGCUGUUGUCAUAUUGUUUGUUUCUACAAGUUUUUUUGAGUAUCUCAAACCUCAUUCUGAAUCUCCCACUGCUUUGGACCUCUUUCUCACUACUAUGUAUACAGUAGUUCCCCCAACAUUCAAUCCAAUGAUCUAUAGCCUGAGAAACAAAGCCAUAAUGUUAGCUCUGAGAAAGAUAUUACAAAGAAAUAAUGCACUUACUUCCUUUCAUUCACUAUUAAGAGAGAAGCUCAGUGUGUAA